AUGACGGAUGAUGAACGAAAACAACUAAUAUCGCGAAAAGUUGUCCCAAAAAUGUCAAAACAUAAAGUUUCGAAUAUUCCAGUCAGAAAGUCUAGACUUACUGAACUGGCAGUAAAUCCUUCUGAAAAGAAAUCGAGUAGUAAAAUACCUGUUCCAAAGUCUAAUUCAUAUACUAGAAAAUCACUUCGCAUAAAUAAAAAAGAAAAUCCAGAAUUCGAAACGAUUAAAACUGAACCACGCAAAGAAACACCUCCAGAUUCGAUCAAUAGCAAUGUAGACAUUAAUGCACCGAUAAUUCCUCUAAGUCCUGGUUCAAUUGAGAUGCAAAUGGCUCCAAUUGCAGCAUUUGGUCAGACGAGUUCAUCCAAUGAUGCAACACCUCUUAAAAUUAACUUUGAAUCUGAUGGAGAAUAUGAUAUUGAAGAAGAAGAAUUUUAUGUCGAGCAAAUGCUUGAUAAUUCUAAAACUUCAAGCGAAUAUCUUAAUACUAUAGGAAAUAUGAUUGAGAAUACACUGAAAUUAGCACAAACAACGCCUGCAGCAAGUCAAGAAAUAUUUGACAUUAAAGCUGAUGAUUCUGAUGUCAGCGAACAUGAUGCUGAAUCAAAUGUGUUCUCAACCCAACAGAGAGAUAGCGACGACUCCAUUGAUAAUGAAAUUGUUGAUAUACAAAUUGACAGUUUGCCUAGAUCUCCGUUUUCUGCCAAAAAGCAUUAG